AUGGAGAGAAUAUUCUUUGCGGCGUUCCCAACCGGCUAUGGCAAAUCGCUCUGCUAUCAGUUACCGGCGUUGAUGCUACCGGGGGUAACUGUGAUUGUUUCCCCACUGAUUUCUUUGAUGAAAGAUCAGGUUGAUGCGUUGCGUGAGCAAAAGAUUUAUGCGGUGGCAUUGCUCAACAGUAGCCUGAGUUGGGAAGAGUACCGUGCAGAAUUGGAACGUUUAGAACGUGGGGAGAUUAAGCUGCUCUAUAUCGCUCCAGAGCGUUUUCGUAGUCGUCGGUUUCUGAACCUGCUCAACUCACAUCGGAUCUCUCUGUUUGUGAUUGACGAAGUACACUGUAUCUCUCAAUGGGGACACGAUUUUCGUCCUUCCUACCUUGCGCUCCGCGACGCCAUCCAUGAAUUGCAUCCGAGUUCAAUUGCCCUGUUCACAGCGACGGCAACCCCUGAUGUACGAACAGAUAUUCUGGAUCACUUAAAGAUUCAACCUCUCAAAUCCUUCACCCGUGGUAUUGAACGCUCCAACUUGAAAUUCAGUGUUUGUGAAGUCUCGGUGGAGGCUGAGAAGUAUUCGCUUCUCGACGAAUACAUGCAGCAGCCAAGGGACAAAGGGAUUGUGUACGCCGGACGCAGGCGGGAGACUGAGGAGAUCGCGUCGCACCUAAAGAAGCGUGGGCACCGCGUUGAUUUUUAUCACGCUGGACGCGUAGAUGUUGAGCGCAAACGGGUGCAAGAUCGGUUUUUCGACGAUGGUCCCGAUGGACUUGAUUUGGUUGUUGCGACCAAUGCGUUCGGGAUGGGGAUUGACAAAUCCGACAUCCGAUAUAUCAUUCAUUGGACCAUGACGGGAACCUUAGAGCAGUACUAUCAAGAAGCGGGACGCGCUGGACGUGAUGGCGAAACUGCACACUGCAUCCUGUUUUAUUGCCCGGACAAUCGAAAGUUGCACGAGUGGUUCGUCAAGGAGGGCGCGCCAAAUAAGCCGGACCUCCUCAAACUCCUGAAACUGGUUGAAACCUUCCCUUCAGUCGGCAGCUUUCGGAUGUUUGCGGCGGAGGACUUAGAGUUAAGCGGUUUCAAUGCGGACAAAAUUCGCGUCGGAAUUAGUCACUUGGAGAAACUCGGUUUCCUGACGGAGAUUGUAUAA